GGAAAAAAAUACAUUUAAUUAAUUAGAGGAAUAUUUACAUGAACAGAUAAUUUUCAUUUUACUCUAUAACAAUUGAAAACUAAUGUGUAGCGUUUUCUAUUUCAGAAGCUGUGGCCAUUAUAUACCCCGGCCAACUGGAAAAUACCGAAGGUGACAGUUGUCACACAAAUACUGGCAGGUUGGGCACCUGUUCCCAAGCUUGCGAACCCUCGCUUGUCCUCGGUAGCCCACGCAAGUGCGGCAUAAAGGACUCAAAAUUCCUUGUCUGCUGUGAACCAAAAUUGGGUAAUGGGCCGCUGUCUUUCACAGAUAUAGCCCCGCCCAUGGUUCCAUUUGAAUGUGGAUUAAACUCAUUAGAUGUGUUGAGAUCCUCUGUAAAUGUAACAGGAGAUGUCCUCCGCCCAGAAGCAGUUCCUGAUCCUACUUUACCCAAGGUUGAAGAAACUACAUUCGUUCGCCACAACAUUACUAGACUGUUCAAAAGAAGUCACAGAGGUUUAACUGCCAUACCAUUCGAGGAAAUGCCGACAGAUUACGAGGACUUCCUAGAUCCACCCCCUAAAGCUGCUGCAAUAGGUUCUAUAGACGCUCUUCAGAAUGCUUGGCCCUGGAUGGCCAUUAUUGGGGAGAGGGAUGCCCAAGGAAUCAGGUGGUUCUGCGGUGGGGUGCUGAUAAAUGAUGAAUGGGUCCUCACAGCUUUUCACUGCUUCUUAAACAACAAGCCUGAUGUGGUGCGCCUUGGUGAACACAACUACAACGAUGAUCGUGACGGGGCGGAUCAUGAGGACUUUGGUGUGGCAGAAACGGUGCCUUACCCAAACUACAACCGCCCCGAGGCCUACCAUGACCUUGCACUCCUCAGACUUGCCUCCAAAGUCGUACUGAAGUAUCACAUCAGUCCUGUCUGCCUGCCCUGGGGGAAGGAGAGCGACAAGGAUAUCAUAAGCCAGCAGGCAACACUAACAGGCUGGGGCGACACUGCGUUCGGUGGGCAACCUAGCUCUGUCCUCCAAGAAGUGAACGUGACGGUCUUCCCGCCGGCUCAGUGUGACCGAAGCUACUCCAACCUGCCACACUACCCAGCCGCCUGGCCUCGAGGCAUCGGAAAGGAGACCCUGUGUGCCGGGGACAUUGCUGGAGGCCGGGAUGCUUGUCAGGGUGACUCCGGCGGGCCUCUGGUGUCUCAGGAUGCUCGUGGACACUUUGUGUUGGCGGGCAUUGUGUCACGAGGCUAUGGUUGUGGCCACAAGGACUACCCAGGCCUGUACGCCAACUUGCGCCACCCGCCCUACCUCUCCUGGAUCAAGAAGGUCGCGUUUGCGACAUAAUGAGCUUUAAAUGUUUAGGGGGUGAUAGUUACUGCGUACACUAUAACAGAAAUAAAGCAAUAUAAAUGAUAGAUAAAAUGAAAAAUACUAUAUCUUCAUGAAAACUGCAUCUUACCAUAUUUCAUAUCUAACUUUGAUUAGUUGACCUUUCAUAAGGGAUUUUGUUAAACGCUUCCUUGGUGUGGUGGUUAGCACGCCUAAAUACAAAUCCUUUGGUUCAAAUCCCGGCCCAGGCGCGCAGCUCACCCAGCUGUUCAGCCUCCCGUUCGGGCUGGUCGCUAAAAGGGUACCUGGGGAUAACAGCGGUAACUCAGAUGUCACACUUGUCCUUGGUCCCGGGCUAGUGCACUAUUUCCUGAGAGAGAGAGAGAGAGAGAGAGAGAGAGAGAGAGAGAGAGAGAGAGAGAGAGAGAGAGAGAGAGAGAGAG